CAGUCUGCCCAGCAGAGUCUCCCUGGGAAGGAAGUCUCAUAGGGUUCUCUCUGGACUGCUGGAGCCAGCGUUAAUUCCUUUGCAAAUAACCACACUACUGGGAAGAAUUAAAGUGUUUUCUACUUAGAAGGAACCUGUGAAGGGAGAGGAGAACUGGGUAGUACCACGUACGGACAUAGCUGCAGGAGAAGAGGUUGCCAUCAAGCUUGAAUGUGUCAAAACCAAACACCCCCAGCUCCACAUCGAGAGCAAAAUCUACAAGAUGAUGCAGGGAGGAGUGGGCAUCCCCACCAUUCGAUGGUGCGGGGCAGAGGGGGACUACAACGUCAUGGUGAUGGAGCUGUUGGGGCCGAGUCUGGAAGACCUCUUCAACUUCUGCUCGAGGAAGUUCAGCCUCAAAACUGUUCUGCUGCUUGCUGACCAAAUGAUUAGUCGUAUUGAAUACAUUCAUUCCAAGAACUUCAUCCACCGCGAUGUGAAGCCGGACAACUUCCUCAUGGGGCUGGGGAAGAAAGGCAACCUUGUGUACAUCAUCGACUUUGGGCUGGCCAAGAAGUACCGGGAUGCAAGAACCCACCAGCACAUCCCUUACCGAGAGAACAAGAACCUCACCGGGACGGCGCGGUACGCCUCCAUCAACACGCACCUCGGAAUCGAACAAUCUCGAAGAGAUGACUUGGAGUCUCUGGGUUACGUGUUAAUGUACUUCAACCUGGGCUCUCUCCCCUGGCAGGGGCUGAAGGCUGCCACCAAGAGACAGAAAUAUGAGAGAAUUAGUGAGAAGAAAAUGUCCACUCCCAUUGAAGUGUUGUGCAAAGGCUACCCGUCUGAAUUUGCCACAUACCUGAAUUUCUGCCGUUCCUUGCGUUUUGAUGAUAAACCUGACUACUCAUACCUGAGACAGCUCUUCAGGAACCUCUUCCACCGCCAGGGCUUCUCCUACGACUAUGUGUUUGACUGGAACAUGCUCAAAUUUGGUGCCAGCCGGGCUGCCGACGAUGCUGAGCGGGAACGCCGGGACCGGGAGGAGCGAUUGAGACACUCCCGGAAUCCAGCCACCCGUGGCCUCCCCUCCACGGCUUCUGGCCGCCUUCGAGGGACCCAGGAGGUGGCUCCCCCAACACCUCUCACCCCUACCUCACACACGGCUAACACCUCUCCUCGGCCCGUCUCCGGUGUGGAAAGAGAGCGGAAAGUGAGCAUGCGGCUGCACCGCGGGGCCCCGGUCAACGUCUCCUCCUCCGACCUCACGGGCCGACAAGACACCUCUCGCAUGUCCACCUCACAGAAUAGCAUUCCUUUCGAACACCACGGCAAGUAGCUGCUCGUCUCCCAUCGGAAGGCAGCACCGGAUUCCCGGUCGGGUGGCUUCCAGUGGUCUUCAGUCUGUCGUGCACCGAUGAGAACUCUCCUUUUGCUGUGAAGGGCAGACAAUGCAUGGCUGAUCUACUCUGUUACCAAUGGCUUUACUAGUGACGCGCCCCCCGGUCUAGACCCAAAACGUUAACACCGGGAGCUCUCCAGGCCACUCACCCAGCGACGCUCAUGGGGGAAACAAAAUACAAAUACACGGACAGACUCCAAGAGCUGCCAUCGCCGGGGCUGCCGCCGAGCCCCACGUGGACUCAGUUAAAUGGGGCUGGGAAGAAGAGCAGGCGAGAGACGGCUGCAGAGGCAGCCCCUCCAGGAGCCCGCAGCCUCCAGUGCUGGUGAGCCUGUGCUCCCGAGGAUCCCACUCUACCCACCAGUCUCCUACUUGGUUAAGACAGUUUUAUAUCAUUUUGCUAAAAAUUAUUGGCUUAAAUCUGUGUAAAGAAAUCUGUCUUUUUAUUGUUUCUUUCUUGUCUGUUUUUGCUGUCUUCAGAAAAGGUGUUGACUUUAAAGAAUCCUGAAACAAAGACACUGGCUUGGAGUUGCUGUGUAAAAAGGAGUCAGGCAGGGAGAGGGCACACAUGAAUUUCACAGAUGUGUUUUGUCUGAUCUCGCUUUGUUGUGUUGUCUACCUAAGAGAGGAUGCUUCUCAUCAGAAGUUCUAUUACAUGUAUGUGUGUGUCUGUGGUGGCGGGAGACCCAGGAGCCAGCUUUUGGCAUCUCGCUCUCCCUUCCGCACUGUCAGCUGAAAUGCCUGUCGCUGGGAGCUCACAGCAACCAUUGGAGCAGUCAGCGCAGGCUGCUACAGAGCAAGGGCACAGCAGGUGUUUCCAGGCACAGCCACGUGCUGUUCUCCCCAGAGGAGGCCUUCCAGAAGGAAGGGGGGACUGAAGAACUUGGAAGCAGAGGCUUUGCGACCCCAGCAGGACAGUCGGGAGUCGCAAGAUUAGAAGUGGAGCGUGCACUUCUUGUUCCCGGGGAAGGACUGAGUCGAGAGCCGCUGGGGUCAUUCUCUGGGGGUCGUGUAUGAAAACUUUGGUGGUGUUUGCUGCCUCAAUGCCUUUGAGUUUGGGAAAUUUUCUAAACAGAUUGUAAAUGUUACCAUGCGGAUUGGCACUUAAUGUGUUGACGCUUGUGUGCUCAAAGCCAAGGAGUGGGGCUGUCCUCGCUAGAUGCCAUGGUUUGCCCACCCUGAAGUGCCAGGAAUCAUGUAGCUCUCCCAGCCUGAGCCUGGAACCUUCACAUCAGAGAAGCAUAUGAUCCUGCAUGACCUGAGCAGAAGGAAAGAAACGGGGUGGAGCUAAGUCACAAGAAAGGAAGGAGUCUCCAGGAGCUUGUCCUGUCCUUUAGGGGCUCCCAGGCUGCUGUGCUCUUGGUAGUUUUCUAAGAUGCUCUUUCUUAAACCUUUAAUUUUGCAGCAGUCAGAUAUUACUACCGAAGUAGUAAUAGCCAGUGGACGUGAGCUCUCCUGUCUCGGGAAACGAGGUGCAAUAUACGUCCAUAGGUACUCACGCAUUUCUUCCUGUCGCUGUGGAGUGUUCAGUUUGGAAGCAGCUGCUCCUUGGAAGCUGGGGACCUAAAGGUGUCCACCUUGGCUUUUUUUCCCUUCCUUCCCCCAAACUGCCCUAGCACAGAGAUCCUGGCUCUAGGACGCUGUAAUUGGUGUGCGCUGGCAUCCCAGCCAGCCAGCUAUCUGUCCAAGCCCGUAGGUGCUUCUUUCUGAAUCCUGAGCUGUUUACUUUGUGAGCAUUUUGGGUUGUGGGGCCUUGACUGGGUGGGCUGUGUGUGGGAGUGCAGAGGCGGGUGGGGCGGGGCAGGUGAAUCUGAGGUCUCCGUUGCUGCUGAGCACCCUUGUCAGAGGUGAGCUUUCCUCUCUCGGGGAGGUGUCAGCAGCUGCAGGCCUGCAGUGGCGUGCGGCUUCUUUAUAAGUACCCGUGGUCCCAAGGCAGUGCCAGGAGGGUGCAAGGCAGCUUUCUGAUGUCUGCACCCAGGUGCCAGCCUGGAGUUGCUGGCUGCGUUUGAAGUGGACUUAGAUCCCAAGUCCUCGAGGGCCUGUGGUUGUAACAGUUCUUGCCCGAUACUUACUCCCCUCAUUACUUGCAGGAAACGUAGUUAGACUGUCUGUAUCAACCUGUGCAUUGGAGGCCAGCCUCUGAGCUGCGUGUUUGUACUGCCACUGUGUUUGUGUACUUCAACAAUUGUGUAAAUAAUAAAUUCAUGAUGACUUCUGCCUUUC